UUUAUUUAUAUUGUCAUAAGGUUCGCAAUGGAAGGCAAGUUGUUGUUCACCCAGCCGAACGACAACAACUGGCGGAAGGGCCGCACCAUCAAACUAACGCCGAUCAACGCCCUUUUGGUAACUAACGGAAAGCCAACGACUACCCACAAAACGAACGAGAUCCGCGAAACGCGGGAGGCGAGGGAUCGUGAAGCGAGAGAAAAGGAGGGAGAAACGCUCUUCGCCCGCAGUGGGGUGAGGGAAGCGGCUCUACUCCUGGUGAGGGAGAAGGCAGGAAGGUAUACUCUCCAACGGGAGCCGCUGUUCCUGGACCGGUGUGUGGUCGCCGCGGAUCACGAGCCUGAGCACUUCUUCGAAGUCCAUGAGAUAACUACCAAGGACUCUUAUAUUUUCAAGGCGGAAGAAAACGCUCGCACCCGCUCCUGGUAUCGCCAGCUCCAGUACCAUGCGCAGGGCGCAGGCGCAUGGAGGAAGCGACGCAAUGCCCUCGCCAACAUCAUGAUCAACCCCAUGCUGACCAGGAACUGAAGCGUCACACACAAUAUUGAAGAAGGAAACAAGAAUUAAAAACCAGCGGCGAUUGGUCCAUAUAAUCCGAUUCCUGCCGGCUUCUCUUCCGUAACUUAUGUAAAAUCUAAUUAUCAUUGGAACGUUUUCAAACCGCAUUUAUUCAUAUUCGUAGUACGUAUACAUUGUGUCGGGUUCCCCAAAAAAUAUGAAAGCCCUUCGCCACUGGUAAACACAAAAAUGACGAAUGAAAUUAUACAAUGCCAUAUCAACUGAAGCAUAGAACGAAAAUAAAUAAGUACGAAAAUUAUUGAUCUCCCCAAAAAUGAUUACUGAAACCAAAUGCAAACUUUUCCAACACGUAUGAAAUCUGAUAAUAGUAAUAAAGGCGUGGAAUAUGUUCAAUAAAUAAGAUAAACAUUAAA